AUGUUUGCACCACAACCCAAUUCCUUCUUAGGACUCAAAAAUGUUCUUUCUACCACACACUCUGGGCAUGGUGACUACUAUAAUGACUUGGACAUUGACGCAGAUAUUGAAGGAGAGCAAGAAACAAUGCCGGAUUUAGAAGCAACUGAUGGGGAUAUUGCAUCAAAAAGUCCUGAUAGCGGCGGAGCGGCUGAACGUUUACUUUUAUGGAAGCAAAUAAUAGCAAGCAACGCCGAGGGUGUUACCGAAAAUACCCAUCGUGAAUAUAUUCGCCUCGCAGAUGCAUGUGUAAAAUUUCUUCUUGCAAAGCAGGUUAUAUAUGCCCGUGAAGAGUUUUUAUCAUCAAGUCCACACUGCAACUCGGAUGAAAUGAUUGCUGCAUGGAUUAUGAAUGACACCGGUUUGGAUGGCAAACCAGCAACUGGACCAAGGGGUACCUACACACAUGCUCAGAAGAUGCGAGCUAGUAUGACAUAUAUUUUUGGACGUAUCUACGGAUUGGGAUCUCAGCCAUGGAAACAGGCUAGGUCUGAAAAAGGUGUUGUAUAUAUGGAAGGUAAUCCUUCUAUUUCUGAAAAGGUAUCAUCAUAUAUGGUCAGCCUUCGACGUCGUAAAGUUCAAGCAGGCGAAACAACCACAAGUGCUCGUGCUGUUAGUCCUGAGAUAAUGGCAAAGUUAUACGAUUUUAAUCACAGACCCAAAUAUGGAGAAAUCAGCAAUGAUGCAUCACAGCCAUCAAUUAACGGCAAUGAUAUCCAUCAAUGGGGUGGACCUCUCUGCCGAAAAGCACUGCAAGCAAUUUAUACACUUGCAUUUAUAUGCAUGCUUUGUGUGGACGAGGUUUUGAAGAUUCAAACAAAUCGUAUUACUUUUGCAGAAGGAAAAAUGAUUCUAACUCUACCAUUUCGAAAAACACACCAAUUCGGAGAAAUCAAGCCAUUUGUUCUUCAUAUCUUAUCAGACGAUGAAGCAUAUCUGUGUCCUGUACGGGCCGUAAGCGAAUGGAUCAAUGCUAGCAAAAUUAAUACCGGAUAUUUGUUCCGAAGAAUGGCUUCUGGUGACCGUCCGGUAUCAAACAACUCUCCUAUGACAUCCGAACAGUUUCUUGAAAUGUUCCGGAAUAAUCUCCUUGAUAUUGGAGUUGAUUUUGCCCCGUAUGGCACCCAUUCAUUUUGA